CUAUUUCAAAAUUUGAUCUCAUUUGAAAACAUUGGAUUAGAUUGUUGCACAGACAAUGGGUUAAUGUAUUAAUCAUAUAGAUUCAAACAUAUUCGAUAGGCCAAUGAAAAGCAAAAUCCUGUCUCUUUUGACGAUUUGAACCAGGAAGACGAAGGAAAUGAAGGAAAACUAAAAUUAAAAGUCAACAGCAAACAAACAACAAAUCAAUCAAAUUCAAAUGUCAAAAAGAUCCAACCAUGAUGUGAUUAUAAUUUCAGCGUGUAAGGUGGGGAUUUGAUGAAACAGUAUGGGAAAUUCCUGUUGCUGCUGUGUACCAGGGUGGAAACGUCGACUUGUGAUUACUGAUAGUGGUAAUGUCAGUGGGUGUGGGGGAUUUGUCAGUGGUGGGGGAGGAUGUGGCGGAAGAUUCACACAACAUCGGCAAGUUGAACUUGGUGAUUAUGAUAGCGAUGAUGACCCUGGGUGUGGGGGAAGAAAACGCAGAAAGAAUAAAAAAUCAUCUCGAGGAAGGAGAAAUCAAAUUAAUGAUAGAGCUGAUGUUGUAAAUGAUGUUGAGAGUGACUCGGAUCCUGGUUGUGGAGGUCGAAGAAAUAAGUCCAGGACUAAAAAAAGAACUGGUCAGAGUGCUAAAAGUCCUAUGAACAAUGGAGAGAUAAACACUGCCUACUCAGACAGUGAUUCAGACCCAGGCUGUGGAGGACGGAAGAAAAAUAAAUCCAGCAAAAAGAUUCCCAAACCCAAGAAAUCACCAACUAAUAAGGUUCACGCUAUUGAUGAAAACCCAAAUGCACAAAGCAAUAAUAAAAGAAACCCAAAUGGCUUCAUUGUGCACGAGGACAAAUUAUCAAAUGACACUCAACAUAAUUCUCCUCGUAUUAAUCACAACAAGGGACUUAAAGAUAGAACUAACAUCCCCAAUGGUGUUCCAUCAACAGAUAAGCAAACAUUUGAUAAUGAUAAAUGGAGUUCAAAAAUCACUCAUCAUGAAGCACCUCAAAAUCCUAAAAAUGAUGGUGUUGUUUUAAACCAACUGGACACUGGUAGAUACAUAACCCAAGAGAACCAACAAGAAAAUAGAUCAGGCAAUAACAAAAUGGAUGAAGAUAAAUGGAUCUCAAGAACAACACACUAUCCCCCACCUCAAAAUCCCAAAAGUGGAACAUCUGGAGAUUAUUACAAAUCAGACACUGGACGUUAUAUUACACAACAAGAGAAACAUCGCCAAAAUGAAUCGAGCUCUAUAGACAGUAACAGACUUGACGGUGAUAAGUGGAUCUCAAGAACAACACAUUAUCCCCCACCUCAAAAUCCCCAAAGUGAAACAUCUGGAGCAUAUUACAAACCAGACACUGGCCGUUAUAUCAAAAAAGAUCAAGAGAUUCUAGAUAUGCCAAACAAUAUGCCACCUAAUAGGUAUAAUAUGAC